AUGCUCCCGUCAUUGUCAGCGGUGAUCAGCACAACGGACGUGACAUUGUUAUCGCAUCGCGCGGCAGUGGGCUCCGAAGAAUCAGUGAAACGCACCGGUCCUACGAUGCACUGCAAUACCCACAUCUCUUCCCUUACGGAGAAGAUGGUAGACAUGGAUGCUAAGAUGGAAUGCGAAAGACUCUGUUACAUCAGAUUGAAUCAGACCAAGCUGCGCUGCGACUCUUACAUUCACCUCCGUGAUGCUUUACGAAAUGACGCUGAUCCACGCAAUAUAGGCAAGAUGUGCAUGCUACCUGCAACGUUCACAGGCUGUCCACGAUACAUGCACGCGAGGACACAAGACGCGAUGAGAUACGUUCGUAAGAACGGCCGACCAGUCAUAUUCAUAACUUUCACGUGGAACCCUCAAUGGCAGGAAGGUUCCGUAGACAAUAUCCAGGACUUCCUUUCAGGGCGCGUCAUUAGCAGGACAGAGGGCCCUUGGCACAUAUUCAGCUUCCCCAUCCACGAACGCUUCCCAGCAAUCGCCCAGCUUGUUGUGCACCUAGAAAACACAGUUCGCUAUUUUUCUGCGGAUACAGUAAUGGAUGUGGCUGCGCGUAUCAAAGACACAACGCUUACAGUGUUCUUCAUCUUUGCCGACAGGGCGAGUUUGCUAGGACUCUACUGUACCCAGACGUGUCUUCAUACUACGUGUGGACAAAAAAGAACACCUGCGCUCGGCGGAAGUGCGGCGCCAACGUCGAGGGCUAACCAGGCGUCAAAAACGACGCCACACUCGGAAGAGUAUUCACGGUUCCCCCAUCAGGAAUGUUUUUACUUGCGACUCCUUUUACAGGAUAUUAGUGAUCCAACGAGCUACAAUAACUUACGGACGAUUAAUGGAGUUUUAUGUGACACUUUUCGUGAGGCCUGCCUCCGUGUGUGCCUUUUGGAAGACGACAGCCAGUGGGAUGUCACAAUGGCUGAGGGAGCUCUUUUAAAAAUGCCCUCUGCUUUGCGCCACCUCUUAACCACAAUCUUACAAAUGUGCGAACCCAGUGAUCCCAAAUCACUUUGGGACAAAUUCCAGGACUGUCCGAAGACAUAA